AUGACCGCCCCGACCACACUCGACAUAUUCACCACCGCCCUCCACCACAUAUACCGCUUCCCUAUCCCCUCCCCAUCCUCCCCCGCUCUCGAUCCCACCACAUGGACUCCUCCGCCCGCCUCCGCCGGCCACAAGGGCCGCUACCUCUGGACCGACGCCUUCGGCCUCCUUAAUUUCCUGACUCUCUACCGCGAAACCUCUACCCCAGCCUAUCUAACCUACGCACGCAGUCUCGCGACCGCCGUACAUGGCACGCUCGGCCGUACACGGGACGGGCGUAGCCUCCUACCGGGCGCCAGCCCAGGGAAUCCGCUGGGCGGGGGUCUGCGGAUCGGCAAAGAGGCCGAGGGCGGAAGUGACGGGGAUGGGCAGUAUCACCACUAUCUCACGCUGUGGAUGUUUGGACUCAACCGGCUGGGCAGAGCUGUUGGCGGGGAAGAGGGGAGGGGGUGGAACGACCAAGCCAUCGCGCUCGCGAAGGCGAUUCAUCCGGCGUUUGUGUAUGAGCGGUUCAGCGCACGGCCGCGCAUGGUGUGGAAGAUGAGUAUGGAUCUAAAGAGGGUGCUGGUGGGCAGCGAGGGCAAUCUGGACCCGGUGGAUGGAUACGUGGUCUUUAGGCUACUGCAGGAGAGCGACGGGCCAGGGAGCCAAGUCCUAGCAACAGAGAUCGCGGACUACGAGCGCAUCGUCCGCACAAAAUGGCGCGGCUACAGCAGCAGCGAUCCGCUCGAUCUGGGCAUGACGCUGUGGACGGCGCAUUGGUUUGGGGCACGGGAGGAGCGGGAAGAGUGGGCGGAGGCGCUGGUGAGGGCUGCGGCAAGGGAUGUGGGGGAGUUGUUUGAGGAGGGGUAUUUUGAGAGGCCGGUUCGGAGGAGGUUGGCGUUUAGGGAGUUUGGGACUGCGAUGGGGAUGAGGUGUGCGAUGGAGGGGAGGGAGUGGGAUGAGAAGGCGGAGAGGAUCACGGGGGCGUGGGAGAGGGCGGGUGUGGUGCCGACGCCUGAUGGGAGUGGUGCUGCUGGUAUGAAUGCGGAGGAUGAGUUGGUGCCGAUUACGCUGGUUAUGUAUGCUGCGGCGUUGAUUCCUGGAGCUUUUCGAAAAGGCUACCUGUGA